CAAGUGCCCUCUUUCCCGUUUGAAUUUAAAACGCGAUAAGAUACCGAUUGUGAUUGAUAUGCGCGGUUUUAUUCUGUACCUACAUUCGACUGGUCGCCAGACGGGUGACACGCCGCGGUAUCGGGGUUUGUUUACGAUAUUCAUUUAAUUACCGGUCAGUGCUCGGGUUGAGUCCUUCCGAUAUGGACAAAGACGAUUGCGAUGAGUACAGCAAGUUGUUGAGGAAUAGGACUCGAGGGGACUCGUGUAGGUCGCGAUCGAACAGUGUGGAGGGUGGCAGGUCCUUUGAGACGAUAGUGUUUGACUGUAGAAUGGUGAAGACGUCCACUCAGGUGGAUGACCUGGCUGCGACGUGGGGAGGGAGAGGCUCGAUCCCUGACUCCAGGAGGCUGAGACGGGCUCAGUCCUGGUCGGGGAUACCACCAGACGAUGUCAGCUCCGAGAUCAGGAUUUUACGAGAACGAUUAGUAAGGACUCAAAGCAGGCCGCGGCCCGGCGCGCUGCGGUAUCUCUCCCGGCGACAGAGGCUCACCCUGGCUUCUUUGGCUCUGGUGGACUUCAUGAGCUUCUGUUCCAUGAGCGUCAUGGCACCCUUCUUUCCGAGGGAGGCCACAGCAAAAGGCCUGUCAGACACCAUGUGCGGAAUCGUGUUCAGUUUUUACGCAGUCGUCAUGUUUCUGACGUCACCAAUUUUUGGGAAAUUCUUACCACUAAUGGGAGCGAAGUUCAUGUUUAUUUCCGGCAUGUUCAUAGCUGGAACGUGCAAUGUAUUGUUCGGUACUCUUUCACUAAUAGAAAACCCCACAACCUUCACCUGGCUGUGUUUCCUUGUCAGAGGGUUGGAGGCGCUCGGAGCGAGUGCCUACUCCACGGCCAGCUAUGUGUUUGUGGUCAACGCCUUCCCUGACAGCAUUGGGUCGGUGCUUGGUAUUUUGGAGACAUUCGUCGGGCUCGGCAUGUCGGUCGGGCCUGCUAUCGGAGGCUUGCUGUACUCGAUCGGGGGAUUUGGCCUACCAUUCUACACUCUAGGAAUCGUUAUGGUGCUGACUGUGCCAAUCAACUUCUUUCUGCUCACUGAUUGUCAAGAAUUCUCAGUCGGUUCAAAAUCAGCUUCCAUAAUGAAGCUCUUCAGGAUCCCGUCCAUCAUCAUAACUGGACUCGUCAUAGUGAUCGUGUCCAAUACGUGGGCCUUCCUGGACCCCACCCUGGAGCCCCAUCUACGGCAGUUCGGCCUGUCCACGGAACAGAUCGGCCUGAUCUUCCUACUCUUCUCCAGUUUGUACGGAAUCUUCAGCCCCAUUUGGGGAUGGGUUGCGGACAGAGUGCACAACCAUUGGUGUAUGAUGGUUUGGGGUCUAUUUUUAUCAACAGCUGGACUGUUGCUUCUAGGCCCUUGCCCUUUCAUUCCCGGGCUUCCACGUGACCUCUGGUUGGAUUUGGUGGCGCUAUCAAUUUUAGGAAUUUCGGUGGCUUUAACUCUACUGCCCACCUUUCAAGGUGUCUUGACCAGCUCUAUCUACGAAGGAGGCUGCCCCGAAGCGCUCGCUACAUACAGCGCCGUAGCCGGUCUGUGGUCAUGCUGCUACUCGCUGGGCGAGGUACUAGGGCCGGCGCUGGGCGGCGCAUUAACGCAGCGCUACGGGUUCCCGCUGUGCGCUACGCUGUGCGCCGCUGCUUGUUUCACUAUGGCCGUCGUAACGCUCACUUUCUUCUCCCUCCGCGAGUCGUCCAAGUGGGAGCAGCUAUCAGACGUGUCCCACUCCAUCCCCUACACUGACACCACCUGGAACAGUGCCAACUUCUGCCGCGUGCGCAGCGCUCCGGAGAGCAGGAUCGAGAACUCCCCGUUACUGACCCCUUGCUCUUGCAAUAUGAAAAACGGAUACUCAUACGGCACUUCACCAUCGCGUCGCCUGUGCCUCCACAACAAACGCAGCAAGAGCGGAUCGGCAAGUAUCGCCGAGGCACUCUCCUAUUUCCUCAAGUUCCAAUACCUCACCGACUUCUACAUCAGAAUACGAAAAUCCAAAAAGAAACAAAAACACACUAACUGCACUAACAACACUCUAUACCAGAACUAUCUAGAAAACGAAUCCAGUGAGAUAGUCAACAUCAACAAUAAUACAACCAAAUACCGCAGUUCCGAAGACAAUUACUGCGCGUAUUUAGACAAUGCCAUAUUUGGAAGUCCGGUCGUUAUGGAAAAUUUGGAAACGGAACAUUUGAUGGUGAAAAGGAACAACAAAGGUCUGAUCCCGGUGCUUCUCGCUUGCGAUGAGGAGAAAAAGAAAACAUCAGGCGAGAUCAUCAGGCACAAUCUUCAGAAGGUUCAAUUCUUUGAGCAGAACCAAACCUGUACUUCUGCUAUGGAAAAUAUUUUUGAUGGUUGUGAGUGUAGAGAUGGCGUCACUUUUGUACGAGGCACAGUGACUGUUUCUUCAGCGGGCGCCUGUGAAGUCUAGCAAAAUUCCAUUCUAACUGUAAAUAUUUGCAAUUUUAAUAUUCUCAAUUGUUUUAAGUUUAUUUCAUUAAGUUUUAAUAUACUCACUUCAAAAAUAAAACAA